UGUCUCGUGACUUCUACUUGGUCAGUUGAACAACCCAGCAAACCGCACCAUGGCAUCUUACGUCACAUCGUCAGUAUGGUCAGCUAGCCUCACUUUGUUGUUUUUGUGCAUUUAUGUCGGUGCCGACACUCCAGCUAAUUGUACCUACGAAGAGAUAAGCGGAUCAUGGCUUUUUUCGAUCGGAGAGGGAGGCCAUGACAACACCAUCGACUGCUCCUCGUUCAAACCUGUCUCUGAGCUUCAAGUGACUUUGUUGUUUCCUGAUGUCGCAGUCGAUUCGGAAGGAAAUGUCGGCUUUUGGACACUGAUCUACAAUCAAGGCUUUGAAGUGAAAAUAAACGGAGUGGUAUAUUUCGCAUUUUCAGCUUACGAGAAGAGUGGAGAAAAAGUGAUCAGUCUGUGUGACAAAACCCUAAACGGUUGGAGUCAUCCCGCGAAGGGUUAUCAUGCCGAAAAUUGGGCUUGUUACAGCGGUAAAAAAGUUUUACGGAAGGUUCCACCUAAACUGCAAGACUUGAGACCACUUUUAAGGGACAAUAGGAAGUUUGUUCCCAAUCAGGAAUUUGUUGACCAAAUAAACAAUGCUCAGAGCUCUUGGAAAGCUGUGGUAUAUGAGCAUUAUAGUGGGAUGACUGUGGCACAGUUGAUUGCUCAUGCAGGUGGACCAAAUAGACUCAAUUUUCCUAAACCAAGCCAACCAACAGAAGCAGAUCUUUUAAAAGCUAAGGUGCUCCCAGAUGAGUUUGAUUGGAGAGAUGUUGAUGGGAAAAACUAUGUUAGUCCAAUCAGAAAUCAAGGUGCUUGUGGCAGCUGCUAUGCUUUUGCAACCGCGGCUAUGUUUGAGGCUCGGGUUCGAGUCAUGUCAAAUGCAACUAAAACACCAGUGUUCUCACCUCAAGACAUUGUAAGCUGUUCUGAAUAUGCACAAGGUUGUGAAGGAGGUUUCCCUUAUCUUAUUAGCAAAUAUGCUCAAGACUUUGGAUUGGUGGAUGAAGAAUGCUUCCCAUACGAAGGCAAGGACUCGCCUUGUAAUGAGAAGAAGUGCUCAAGGCAGUUUGGGACUGGUUACCACUAUAUUGGUGGGUUCUAUGGAGCAUGUAAUGAAGAGCUAAUGAGGAUUGAAUUGGUGAAGAAUGGUCCCAUAAGUGUUGCCUUUGAGGUCUAUAGUGACUUUUUUAAUUAUAAAGGUGGAAUAUAACAUCAUACAGGUCUGACAGACAAAUUUAAUCCCUUUGAGAUAACUAAUCAUGCUGUAUUGGCUGUGGGAUAUGGAGCUGACAAAAAGACUGGUGAGAAGUUCUGGAUCGUGAAAAACAGCUGGGGAAAGGACUGGGGCGAGAGUGGCUACUUUCGUAUCCGACGAGGAACCGACGAAUGUUCGAUUGAAAGCAUCGCUGUCGCGGCUCAGCCGAUAAUGGAAUGAGGCUCACUUAUUUCAAUUGUCAAAGUUUUAUAUAAUCCGUUGUAAUAUUGUUAACCAUGUAGUAAAUUAAAAGCCAAAUUUUUCUUAA